CUCCAUCAAACAAAUAGGUACCUAUUAUUCAAAAAUCGAAUGUCAAGUAGUUAACCAGUUAGUAGACUGGUAUGAAGCAGCCACUUUACUUUAUCUCCUGCUGGCAAAUCUCCGAUAUUUAAACACUUAUUCGAAAAUGACUAACAAAAAAGACAAUAAAAAGAAAACCUCUCAAGAUGAGAAAAAUAAAAAAGAAGAAUCAGGAUUUUCCAGCGGUAAAAUCAUCUUUGUAUCAGCGAUAUGCGCUGCUCUCUGUUCUUAUUACCUGUACAAGCGGCUCACCACCCCACCGGAUCCGCCAGUGCUAGACUUCAACGAAUAUUGGGGACCGUAUCCGAUGAAAAUGGAUCCCGAUCUAUCCAUAAGACCCUAUGAGAUUGAAUUUUCAGAAGUUAUGGUAAAUGAUUUAAGGGAGAGGUUGCUGCAUCGUCGGCCAUUUCAGCCUCCUCUUGAAAAUUCAGGCUUCACAUACGGUUUCAACAGCCACUUUCUGACGAGGGUCCUUGAUUAUUGGCAGAAUAAAUACAAUUUCAAAGAACGGGAACGAUUCUUCAACAAAUAUAACCAUUACGUGACCAACAUACAAGGCUUAGACGUACAUUACAUGCAUGUGAAGCCGCAAGUUCCCGAUGAUAUUGAAGUGGUGCCUUUAUUGCUGUUGCACGGUUGGCCGGGCUCUGUGAGGGAGUUCUAUGAACUUAUACCUAAAUUAACCAGCCCUCGAGAUGAUUACAAGUUUGCGUUUGAAAUCAUUGCUCCGAGUCUGCCGGGAUUUGGGUUUUCACAGGCCCCCUCUAGGCCUGGUUUUGGGCCGGUAGAAAUGUCCGUGGUCCUAUCAAACCUGAUGAAGAGGAUCGGUCACAACAAAUACUACAUCCAAGGCGGGGACUUCGGACAUAUGUUGGGUUCUAUCCUGGCCACACUGAUGCCGGAACAGGUGUUGGGAUUCCAUACAAACAUGCCCGUACUUAUGUUUCAUCCGUUGGCCAAUAUAUAUAUGAUGCUCGGAUCUCUCUGGCCUAGUCUGUUAGUUGAACCGGAGCAACAGUCUCGCGUCUAUCCAUACAGCCAAUAUUUAAUGAGAAUCAUUGAAGAGUCAGGUUAUUUACACAUACAAGCUACCAAACCUGACACUGUCGGUAUAGCUCUGACGGACUCGCCGGCGGGCCUGGCGGCCUACAUACUCGAAAAGUUCUCCACGUGGACCAACAAUGAGUACAAGGUGGCCGGCGAUGGAAAUCUGCUACAGAAAUUCUCCCUCACACAUCUAUUGGACAACAUCAUGGUGUAUUGGACCAGCAACUCCAUCACCACCUCCAUGAGGACGUACGCCGAGACCAUGAACAGGAGGUUCCUCUGUAUGAACAUAGACAUGAUCCCAACGGCCGUGCCGACCUGGGGCAUAAAGUUCAAGCACGAGCUCGCGUUCUCCGCCGACGCCGUGCUGCGUCUCAAGUACACGCGGUACCUGCAGAGCACGGUGGUGGAGGACGGCGGCCACUUCGCCGCUCUGGAGCACCCGGACAUCCUCGCCGCGGACGUGUUCCGCGCCGUGGAGCACUUCCGACUCUCGCGCGCCGGAGGCAGCAAACCUCAAGAAACGUCUCCAGUGAAGGAACCGCAGACGAUAUACGACUUCACGGUCAGAGACAUACACGGCAGAGAAAUAAAAUUAGACAAGUACAGGGGGAAAGUAGUGGUCAUCGUGAACGUCGCCUCACAGUGCGGCCUCACCGACACCAACUACCACCAGCUGAACGAGCUGCACGACAAGUACGCCAGGAGCAGAGACCUGAGGAUACUGGCGUUCCCGUGCAACCAGUUCGGGGGUCAGGAACCCGGCACGGCCAAGGACAUCGCCAAGUUCAUCAGCGACAGGAACGUCAAGUUCGACGUGUUCGAGAAGGUAGCCGUGAACGGCGAUGACGCGCAUCCGCUGUUCCAGUUCCUCAAACGGGUCCAGAGAGGCAGCUUCGGAGAUUACAUCAAGUGGAACUAUUCCAAGUUCAUCGUGGACAGGAACGGCGUGCCCGUGGAGAGGUUCGGACCCCACGUCGACCCGAUCGACUUAGAGCCCAGCCUGGCGAAGUACUGGUAGACAGUAGUACUGGGUAAGGCGAACCGUUAGUAGUGAUUCGGUCACUUUGUAAGUACAGUUUUAUAUAAACUCGAAGUCAACUUCAUAUUUACAUAUCUUAGUUAUAUAAACGCUUAUGUUUAUGUUUGUUACGGUAAUGUAGCUUAGACAUUAGUACGAUUAAUGCAAGUUACACUACUUACGAACUGUUUGCCGUUUCUCAUUCUGUAACCUACGGUAAUAGUUAACGCUGUAAUGUGAAGCUUUAUUAAUCGAAAACUUCGUAAUGUGGUAAUGAUAAUAUAUUACAUGUAUCAAAUCAAACUUAACAAAAUAAUUAAUAUAUAACAAUAAAAAAGUGUUCCAGCUGAUCUCACGCGCUCACAGUUUACUUCCCUGUAUACUUGGAAUCUACUUACUCACUCUCUCUCUUACUCUACAUUGAGUAUCUUUCUUUCUCUGUCACUCUCUUCCACUUUCUACAUUUGUGGAUUUUGCUCUCUCUCUCUCCUACUCUACAUUUGAGUAUCCUUCUUUCUCUGUCACUCUCUUCCACUUUCUACAUUUGUGGAUUUUUCUCUCUCUCCCUCAGCGUUAAACGUUUAACGCAACCUUGUUUAAAGUCAUAAAGUCUCACUUCAAAUCUGUUAAUGCUCUAUAUGUAUUGUGACGAGAACUUAAAGACACAUACAGAUUAAAACAGGCUAUAAAAUGUCCCUUGUAAGACAUUACAGGUAUCAUAGUCACUUUACACACUAUAGAUGUCGCUGGCGAUCUGUUAGUGUAAAGUCACGGGUAAAAACAAGCGUAAAUUUGAAACAAUUAAAAUAAACAAUGAAGGAA